AUGCUCAGAAUGCUCGCGGCUGUUGGCGCCCUUUUUGGCGGACUGGCGCUUCUAGGGCUCUAUGCGUUCCAAUCGCUGCUUAUCUAUCCCGCGUCGUUGAACGACGGCAGGGGAUAUUGUGCCAAACCAAACGAACACAAUAUGCCCGAUUAUGAGGAGUUGUUCUUGAACACGGAUGAUGGGGAGUCCAUCCAGUGCUACGUGUUGAAGCACGAUCCGGCCAGUGCCAAUUAUACCAACAAAACGGUCCUUAUAUUGUCUCCCAACGCUGGUAACAUUGGUCACGGCUUACCAAUUGUGUCCUUGUUCUAUUUAGAUUUUGGCUACAAUGUAGUUAUAUACUCAUACAGGGGCUAUGGCAAAUCGUCAGGGCUGCCGCUGGAAAUCGGAUUGAAACUAGAUGCGAAACGGAUCAUGCAACAUAUCACCUCAGACGAUGAACAGCUUCGAGCUAGCUCUCUCGUGCUCUACGGACGGUCGUUGGGCGGCGCUGUGAGCAUCUACAUUGCGGCGCAGUUUUCUGCCGCUGUGCUGGGGUUGAUUUUGGAGAAUACGUUUCUUUCGAUCCCUAAGACUGUGCCCCAUAUCUUCCCUCUCUUGCGCUAUGUGACUGCGUUCGUGCAUCAGAAGUGGGAGUCGGAGCUUUUGGUGCCCGCCAUUCCGGCCGAAAUACCCGUGCUUCUUCUUUCGGCUCGAAACGAUGAGAUUGUGCCGCCGGCGCAUAUGGACUCGAUCUUCCAGCUUUUGCAGAGUUCCGACAAGGAGAUGGUCAAGUACGAGCGGUCUGCGCACAACGACACUGUUUUGCAGCCCGGGUACUGGGAGAAGAUCCAUGAGUUUAUUCAGAGAAAGGUCCAGCCUUUUGGCAGAUGA